CUCAGCCGUGGAAGUUCGUUGCCUAAUUUCAAUGCAUCCGUCCCGGAAGUGUUGUCGCCGGAUGGCGAAAUUUCAAAAGUGAUUGUUUUUCCAGAAAAACAACAACAUAAAAAGGAUAUACCAUAAAAAACAUUGAAGGUUGUUGUACCAGACGAAAAGGGAAAAAAGGAUGAAACGGCCGACUUGUUUCAAUGGUCUGGUGGUGAUCGCGGCGCUAAUAAUGGUGCACGCGGAAUGGAUUCAAUCCCAUCCGUUACCCACACGAUUCGAUCCAGUGACGGAGUCGCACCUACGUCCGCGUAGGAGCACGCGCGAUAUCAACGACAAUUUGCUGAUGUUUUUGAUGAGCUUCGGCUACUUACCACAGUCGGAUUUAGAAACUGGAAAUUUACGGACGGAAGACCAGGUCAGGGAUGCCAUCAAAACCAUGCAGGCAUUUGCCCAUAUUCCUGUCACGGGGAUAGUUGACGAAGCGACACGUGAGCUGAUGAAAAAACCACGCUGCGGGCUGCCCGAUAUUAACUCGGACUCUUUUAGAGCAAAACGGUCACUGGGCAGCCGAGAAGAACACGAGACGAGACAUAGGCUGCGACAUCAAGCUUCGAGGACUACGCGAAAUAAACGUUACACUGUCCAAGGUCAACGAUGGCACUACACCAAUUUGACAUGGAGUUUACGGAGAGGAGCGAAAUCCAGCGACAUGGAAAAUGGACACAUCCGCUACCAGGUGCAACGGGCACUCAACCUGUGGCAAGCGGCUUCUCGACUCACCUUUACCGAAGUCAACCGUGAUGACGCCGACAUCCGCGUCUCGUUCCAUUCGGGAUUCCAUAACGAUGGUUAUCCGUUUGAUGGUAAAGGAACACUGCUGGCUCAUGCUUUUUUCCCCGGAUCUGGUCUUGGUGGAGAUGCCCAUUUCGAUGAUGAAGAACCAUGGGUCCCAGAUGAUGCCAACCAAAAUUCAGAAUUGAGUUUUUUUGCCGUAGCGGCUCACGAGUUUGGGCAUUCGCUAGGACUGUCCCAUUCAUCUGUACAAGGCGCUAUCAUGUACCCAUAUUAUCAGUCAGUGGGUGGAAACUAUUCCCUCCAUUCCGAUGACAUUACCGGAAUUCAAGCCAUUUACGGCAGUCGAAAUGAAGGCCGAGUGACUAAUCCGGCUUUACGGCCGACUACAACGACGACAACCACUCGUAGUCCAAGACUUCCAGACAAACCCGAAAUUCCUACUAAACCCACUCAUCCGACCAAAAAGCCCGUCCAUCCGCCCAAACCCCAUCCCCGUCCUCCACACGCAGGACGUAAGCCCAGCACAUGCGAUACCUCAUACGACGCCAUCUCUAUAAUAAGACGUGAACUAUUUAUCUUCAAAGACAAAUAUUUCUGGAGAAUCGGCCCCAAUGGCUUGGAGGCCAAUUACCCGGUGGAAAUAGAGCGUUUCUGGAACAAUUUGUCCUCCAACUUAUCUCACAUUGAUGCCAUCUACGAGAAGCCGUCUGGUCAGCGAGAGAUGGUCAUCUUCAUCGGGAAACAGUAUUGGAUUUAUCCAAACAACGAUCAAGGUCGUGGACCGUUUCCGUUGACCGAUUUGGGUUUACCUGCCAACCUGGAAAAAUUGGAUGCAGCCUUCGUGUGGGGCCAUAACGGAAAAACCUAUUUCUUUAGUGGGACAAUGUAUUGGAGAUUUGAUGAAGAAACGGGUAAAGUGGAGUUAGACUAUCCUCGAGAUAUGUCCAUGUGGAAAGGUGUACCCUAUAAUAUUGAUGCUGUUUUCCAGCAUACAAACGGAAAAACAUACUUCUUCAAAGGCAAAGUCUUUUGGGAGUUUAAUGAUAGGCGGAUGAAGGUAGUCAAUCCUACUCCAUCUUUAUCAGCGCCUUAUUGGAUGAGUUGUCCGACUGGGAUGCAAACUUUGGAAGAAGAUUUGAAUGCGGGACCGGGCGAAGGCCGCUACCAAGUAGUCGAUAUUAUAGCUUCUUCAAAUUCAAUUUCUGCAAGCCCUGCAGCUGGGUUUAGGUGGUGCUUACUUUCUUGCCUCUUACUCUGGUGGUUCAUUGAUGAUUCAUGGUGAAAAAAAUUAUAAUAAAAAUCAUUUUAAGUUUUUUAAAAGCCGCAAUUUUCAUCUGUGAUAAUAUACCACUUGAACUAGA